AUGGCUUGCCGAUCGCCAUCGUCAUCACUUGCACUAUUCCUGUCCAUCCUCUUGCUGCUGUCGCCCAUCGCCACGGCCCUCCAGGUCACCCCCAACUCGCCGUGCGCCUCCUUCUGCCUCGACUCGUCCGGCCUCGACCGCUCCGAUCCCAGCGCGUCCAACACCGACGGCGACGACAUCGUCUGCGAUGACGACGCCUACAACAGCAAGACCACGGGCAAGAAAGAGCGAAUUUUCGCGGGGGACGAGAAUGACCAGAACUGGUUCCUGUACAACCUCCGCUACUCGUUCGACUACUGCGUCUUUGGCUAUCCCAACGCAUCUGGCAUCGGCUCCAAUCCCUGCGUCACCUCUGAGGCAUGCGGUCCCCUGGAGGAUGCCCUGAAGACGGGCAUCACGAGUCCAGAUGACAGAGCGCAGUAUGACUACUGUGCAGCCGACAGCGGCGCCAUGCUCGGCGCUUCCUACGAGAGUUGUUAUUCCUGCGUCAGGGCAGACCGCACUCACACGUACUUGUCCAACUUCUUGGUCGCCCUCGAAGCCGGAUGCCAACAAAAACCAGCCGCCGGCGUAACCCUCGGCCUUAACGACACCGUCUUCGCCGCCACAUCCAUCGAGAUAGUUGACCCGACGAGCUCGGACAAGGCCUCAUCCGCCACGCUCGCCAACACGACCAUCGCGGGCAUCGCCAUCGGCGCCUUCGUCGUCGUCCUCAUCAUCGGCGGCUGCGUCUACAUGCAAUAUCGCAAGCGCAAGAACCGCGCUGCCCGUACUCGCCGCGCCCGCGCCUCGUCGCUCUCGUUCCGCUGCCAGACCCAUCUGACACCCAUGGAACCGGGCUUCCGGGACGGUCCGAAUGGUCAAGAGAGCCCCGUGUCGAUGCGGGAGAGUCACUAUGUCGAUCCUGCUGCGGCCCUCAGCUCCAAUCCUGUCGUCGGCGACUCUUCUUCCUCCCCCUGGGGCUCUCAUAACGCACUUGGCAUCAGCCGAAUGAGUCCCAAGCUCUCCAACAUCACCACCACGCUUCCUUGUCCGCCGCCAAUCCAUUCCUCUCCGCGGCAGCUGGCCUCUCCAGACGACUACACCACGCCCACCUCCACCACCUCGACACGGUCCAACGCUCCGCUCCUCCACCACAAACCCUACAACCCGGCCGAUCACCGCUCGCCGAUGGGAUCUCCCCUUCUCAGCCCAGGCUUCACCGUCGCCAGUCCCCGGAAUACUGUUCCACUAACCCAACGGGAAAACCGGGACACCGAGUCGCAAUGGGAGGAGCAGCGCGUUGGUGGAUCUCGGAGAGACCUGAUGAAGAAGGCUUCCUGGGGCUCCGUCGCCCCCAUCGAGGUUCGAAAUAUCCAGACCAGUUUCGCUCCACCGCCCAAGAAAGGAACAUGAUAGGUUUCUAUCCUAGUCCCUUUUCUUGUAAUGAUACCGCGGGUGGCAGCGAGUUGGAUAUCGGAAGCUGGAUAGGAGACAAUGAUGAGCUGUAACGAUAUGAGCAUGAAGUACAUGUAACCACCUAAUAGUCAAAUACAAUGGAUGAUACCCAGGAUAUACAAUUCACGAGUCAAUC